AGGUUAUAAAUGAUGACUUUCAAUCCUACCCCCUUUGACUGACUACAAACAUCUUCCGGAUUUCGUAGCGGAAUUUGCAAUCUUUAGCUACUUCACAACCUAAUUUCUUCACAUUCAACCCAAACUGUUGACACAGAUUCUUUGAUGCCAAGUCCUAAAUCGUCUUUUUUGGUCUAUGAUCAGAACACAUAAGUUAUCAUCCAUCACUCGUCGUUCUCAAUCUAACCCAUUGCGAAAAUUAUCCAUUUUGAGGGAGAAGAGCUCGAAGAAGGAUUCGCGAACAAUGGCACCUCCAAUUCUAUCUUUGGCCUUACCAUCAGAAACGGGUCGGGUUCUCAGUAUUCAGUCUCAUACUGUUCAGGGUUAUGUUGGCAAUAAGUCAGCCGUCUUUCCACUCCAACUUCUGGGGUACGAUGUCGAUCCGAUUAUGUCGGUACAAUUUUCAAACCAUACAGGAUACCCAACUUUCAAGGGGCAAGUUCUGAAUGGAAAACAACUUUGGGAGUUGAUAGAAGGCCUAGAAGCCAAUAAUUUAUUAUACUACACACAUCUAUUGACAGGUUACAUUGGUUCAGUUUCUUUUCUGAACACCGUAUUAGAAGUAGUCAGUAAGCUUCGGUCCAUCAAUCCUACACUUACAUAUGUUUGUGAUCCAGUGAUGGGUGAUGAAGGAAAGCUGUAUGUUCCUCCAGAGUUGGUGUCGGUGUACCGUGAGAAGGUAGUCCCUGUUGCUUCAAUGUUGACUCCCAAUCAGUUUGAAGCUGAACAAUUGACUGGAUUCAGAAUUGCGUCUGAGCAAGAUGGGCGGGAAGCAUGCAGGCAUCUUCAUGCAGCUGGCCCAUCAAAGGUUGUGAUAACAAGCAUAUGCAUAGAUGGGAAUCUUCUUCUGAUUGGAAGUCAUCAGAAAGAAAAGGGUCAAUCUCCUGUGCAAUUCAAGAUUGUGAUCCCUAAAAUACCUGCGUAUUUCACGGGGACAGGAGACUUGAUGACUGCACUAUUACUUGGAUGGAGCAAUAAAUAUCCCAACAACCUUGACAAAGCAGCAGAGCUUGCUGUAUCAAGCUUACAGGCAGUGCUGAGUCGAACGCUGAAGGAUUAUGAGGAGGCAGGGUAUGAUCCGCAGACGAGCAGCUUGGAGAUUAGAUUGAUUCAAAGUCAGGAUGAUAUUCGAAACCCCGAAAUUGAAUACACAUCUCAUUUAUACGAUUAAUUCCUCCAUGUACCAUUAAUUUCCAUUUUAUCACAAUACAAUCUACUUUUCAUAUACAAAUUCAAUAGGGGAUACAUUUAUGUUAUGAACACUGGGUUUUUUUUGUAUC